AUGUAUGAUUGUGCCACAAAUUUUUACGAAUUCGGCUGUCGAAUUGUUUUCAACAAUAACGAUGAUUUCCACAUUCACUUAUUAGGACAAGGAUCAGGUUAUGGUAUCUUGGUUGGUGUAGGUGCCUUGUUUGCCGGAGGUAUGAUUUUAACUACCAAAUUACUUCAAAAAUAUUUACAUGAAAAUGCCAAUAGUACCGAAACUUUCUCGGUUGCAAAUAGAAGUGUUGGUACCUUCUUAUCAGCAUCUGCCGUUUAUUCAUCAUGGUCUUGGGCUACUGAAUUCUUAUGGGUCUCUACCAUGGUUUACAAUUAUGGUAUUCAAGCCAGUUACUACUAUGGUGCCGGUUUAGCUGUUCAAAUUGCCGUCAUGUCAUGUAUUGGUAUUCAUGCCAAGAAGAAGGCUCCUAAAGCACAUACAUCUUUGGAAAUUGUUGAAUUAAGAUAUGGUAAAGUAAACCAUUUGUUAUAUUUGUUUCUUGCAUUGGCCAACAACUUAUUAUCAUGUUCUUCUAUGAUUUUAGGUGCAAGUGGAGCCAUUUCCAUUAUUGCUGGUAAUUUACAUAUUGUUGCAUCCACCAUGUUGAUUCCAUUUGGGGUCUUAUUAUAUACCAUUGUUGGUGGUUUAAAGGCAACCUUUUUAACUGAUUUUGUCCAUACUUUAAUUCUUUUAACUGUCUUGUGUUACUUAAACACUGCUGUAUUAACUUCCGACCAAAUUGGUGGUUUAGACGGAUUAUAUGACUUGUUGAUUAACUUUGACAACUCAGGUGCAAGAUACGUUGAAGGUAACUAUAAUGGAUCAAUUAUGACCGGUAAAUCCCAAGGUGCCUUAUUCUUUGGUUUAAUUUUAACUUGUGGUAACUUUGGUUUAACUGUUUUAGAUUCUUCCUUCUGGCAAAAGACCUUCUCAGCCAGUCCAAAAGCUAUGGUUCCAGCUUAUUUAUUAGCUGCAUUCUUGAUUUUUUCCAAUGUCUGGCCAUUAGGUACAAUUAUUGGUGGUGCUUCUAUUGUUUUAGAAAAGACUAAAUCUUUCCCAACUUACCCUCGUGCUUUGACCACCUUUGAAAUUGACUCUGGUUUUGUCUUACCAUAUGUUUUGAAAGCAGUUGUUGGUAAUGGAGGUGUUGGUGCAUUAUUAUUGAUUAUCUAUCUUGCUGUUACAUCCACUGUUUCUGCUCAAAUGGUUUCAGUUUCUUCAAUUCUUUCAUUCGAUAUUUACAAGAAAUAUAUCCAUCCUUCAGCUCAGAACAAAUCUAUGAUCAGAGUUUCUCAUUAUGGUUGUGUUAUUUUCGGUAUUGGCUGUGCUGCAUUCAGUGUUAUGUUACAUUACGUCGGUGUUAACAUGACUUGGUACGGAUACUUCUAUCCAAUGAUUAUUUGUCCUGGUGUUAUUCCUUUGAUUUUUACCAUUACUUGGGAUCGUCAAACUGCAUUGGCAGCCGCAGUUUCUCCCAUUGUCGGUUUAAUUUUCGGUAUUACAGUUUGGUUAACUACUGCUAAACAUUAUUAUGGGGAAGUUACUAUUGUGUCCACUGGUGGACAAUUACCUGCUCUUUUCGGUUCGUUGACUGCAUUGUUAUUACCUGGUAUUACAAGUAUUAUCCUUUCAUUCACUAUUAAGCCACAUAAGUUUGACUGGUCUGUCUUACAAGAAGCAGACUUGUUGGUUAAAGAAGAAGAUGAAGAUAGUUCAGAAACUGCAACUGCCAUUGAAUCACUUUCUAAUGAAAAGAACUCCGAUAUCAAAUCUGAUGAUGUUGUAGUGACUGAACAAGAUCAAGAAAAACAACAACCAGUAAUUGCUGGUCCAGAACCAUUAUCCCCUAAAGAAUUAAAUUUUUACAUCAAGCUUGCCACUGGUGCUGCAGUAUUCAUUUUACUAGUAACAUGGGUUCUUUGGCCAUUACCAUUGUACCGUGAAUGGAUCUUCAGUAGAAGCUACUUUAAGGGAUAUGUAACAGUUGGUUUGAUCUGGUUAUAUUCUACCCUUAUAUUGAUUGGUCUUGGUCCAUUUAUUACUGGAAGACAUUCAAUGGCUAAAGUAGCUAGGGGGGUUUAUAAUGACUACAUAAAGAGAAAGUAAUGGUAUAUAUAUGUAUUAAUAAGGUUUAAUGUAUGAAUAUUUUUUUUU